UGAGCUCCGGCUGCAGCUCAGCUGUCACUUUGCAUACGGCCUGUGUGUGUGUGUUUGCCACACGCGAGAGGGAGAGCAGCUGACUAAAGUCUGCCCCAAGCCUCCAGUCCGAAGUCAGGAAAUGGGGCAAUUCCAUUGGAGCAGUGCUCCCCUGCGCUGAGGGCCACCCGCAGGCGCCUCCUUCCCUCGCGAUCCCUGAGCAAGCUGUGGCGGGAGCGCCUGGGUAACCCCCCCCCGCCCGGUGGGGCAGCGAGGUGACCUUCGUCCUGCCCCCAUCCCAUUGUGCCAUCGCCCGGGGGAAGCCUUCGGCUCCCCCAGAGAACGGCUCCGCCGGCAGACCAGGGCUGGUUUAUCGCCGCCAGCAAAGCCUGGCUCUGCAGCCGCAGCCGGUGCGGGAAGAAGGCAGAGCUCUGCCGGGCUUUGAUGUCUGGGAGAUGCCGCAGCUCCUCGCUCCCGGCCGUGCUGCACCCCGAGUCUAAGCCCGGCGCCCCAGGAGCAGAGUCUCUGCCCCGCUCUAGCUCCCCAGCCGCUUUCCCGCCGGCUCCCGGCGACUGCUCAGCCGGGGACACCCGAGGCUGCCUUCGCUUUUUCAUUGGUCGGUGAUGUGUCUAUUUACAUCAGCACCGAACUUCUCCUAACAUCAGCUGAAUUUGGGUUAUGGGCAAGUCGGAAAGCCAGAUGGAUAUAACUGAAAUGAACACUCCAAAACCAAAGAAAAAACUGCGAUGGAGCGCCCUCGAAAUAGGGCUCGUUGUUGUAGUGAUUCUCCUAACUAUUAUAUCUAUCACAAUGAUAGCUCUGUAUGCAACGUAUGAUGAUGGUGUUUGCAAGUCUUCAGACUGUGUAAAAUCAGCAGCCCGAAUCAUUGAGAAUAUGGACACUACUGCAGAACCUUGUAAAGAUUUUUACCAAUAUGCCUGUGGAGGAUGGUUAAAGAAGAACGUCAUUCCAGAGACCAGCUCCCGUUACAGCAACUUUGACAUUUUAAGAGACGAACUAGAAGUUGUUUUGAAAGACGUCCUUGACAGGGACAACACUAAUGACAUACUGGCAGUGCAGAAAGCAAAAGCUCUGUACAGAUCGUGUAUAAAUGAAACUACUAUUGAUAGUAGAGGUGGAAAACCUUUAAUCAAUAUAUUGCCACAUGUGUCUGAAUGGCCUGUAGCAACAGAUAACUGGGACUCUGCAUAUGGUGCCAGUUGGACAGCUGAAACAGCUAUUGCACAACUGAAUUCACAAUAUGGGAAAAAGGUCCUUAUUAAUUUUUUUGUUGGCACCAAUGAUAAGAACUCCACAGCGCAUAUCAUUCAUAUUGAUCAACCUGGGCUUGGUCUGCCUUCUCGUGACUACUAUGAAUGUACUGGUGCAUAUAAGGAGGCAUGUUCAGCCUAUGUGUCUUUCAUGAUUUCUGUGGCUAAGUUAAUUCUCCAAGAAAAACAUCUCACCAUCAAUGAAAGCCAGAUUUCUAAAGAAAUGGAAAGAGUUAUGGAUCUGGAGGUAGAGAUUGCCAAUGCUACAUCUAAACCUGAAGACAGAAACAAUCCAGUUCUGCUGUAUAAUAAAAUGACAUUAACAGAACUCCAAAAUAACUUCUCUUUGGAGAUCAAUCAUAAGCAAUUCAACUGGUCAGAAUUCAUAAAUAAUAUAAUGUCAACUGUGAAAAUUAAUGUUGAGAAUGCAGAAGAUGUGGUUGUUUAUGCUCCAGAAUAUCUAACCAAACUAAAGCCUAUUCUUAAUAAAUAUACUUCCAGAGACAUUCAAAAUUACAUGAUUUGGCGAUACGUAAUGGAUCUUGUAAACAGUCUAAGCCGUAACUACAAGGACACAAGGAAUGCUUUUCGUAAGGCACUUUAUGGCACAACAUCAGAAACAGCUGUUUGGCGGCGCUGUGCAAACUAUGUCAAUGGCAAUAUGGAGAAUGCAGUGGGACGACUGUAUGUAGAGGAAGCAUUUUCUGGAGACAGUAAACAUGUGGUUCAAGAAAUGAUUACACAAAUCCGUGAGGUUUUUAUAACAACGUUAGAUGAACUCACCUGGAUGGAUGCAGAAACCAAAAAGAAAGCAGAACAAAAAGCUGCAGCAAUUACAGAGAGGAUCGGCUAUCCAGAUGAUAUCAUAACGGAUAAUAAUAAACUGAAUAAUGAAUACCAAGAUCUGAACUACAAAGAGGACGAGUACUUUGAGAACAUCAUUCAAAGUUUGCUAUUUAGCCAAAGGAAGCGGCUGAAGAAGCUCAGAGAAAAGGUGGACAAGGAACAGUGGAUAAGUGGGGCCGCUGUCGUCAAUGCCUUUUAUUCUGCAACCAGGAAUCAGAUAGUCUUCCCCGCAGGCAUUUUGCAACCACCUUUCUUCAGUGCCUCUCAAUCCAAAUCACUGAAUUAUGGUGGCAUUGGUAUGGUCAUUGGCCAUGAAAUCACUCAUGGAUUUGACGACAAUGGUAGAAAUUUUAAUGAGAACGGGGACCUCAUAGACUGGUGGACUCCUGAAUCAGCAAAACAUUUUAAGGAUCAGUCGCAGUGUAUGGUAUACCAAUAUGGAAACUUUUCGUGGGACCUAGCAGGUGGACAACAUCUGAGUGGAAUCAAUACUCUGGGAGAAAACAUUGCUGAUAACGGGGGUGUUAGACAAGCUUAUAAGGCCUACGAAAACUUUGUCAAAAAAAACGGAAAAGAAAAACUGCUUCCCGGGCUUGACAUGAACCAUAAGCAGCUGUUCUUCGUGAACUUUGCACAGAUAUGGUGUGGAACAUACCGUCCAGAAUAUGCUGUCAACUCCAUUAAAACUGAUACGCAUAGCCCAGGCAAAUUCAGGAUCAUAGGAUCAUUGCAGAACUCUGCAGAGUUUACCGAGGCCUUUUCAUGCACCACAACAGAGUACAUGGACCCUGCAAAAAAGUGCCGUGUUUGGUGACAGCUAUAAAUCAGGCACCCCAAGGACAAACUUCCCAGGCAAACAGAAAUUUGGAACUUACUGGGAGGACUGAGGGAAGGAAAUGUGCUACAAAAGUCAUUUGUUAGUGGCAAAAAAACCAACAAUAUCUGUGAGAUCAGAAAUUCAAAACAAUCAAUUCUUCAAAUUAAGGUUUAUAGCCAAGGCAGCAAAUAUAAUAUAUAAACUGCUUUUUUAUGACCAAACCUUGCAAAAUAUAAAUCACUUAAUUGUUUACCUAUUUCUUCACUCUUAAACAACAUUGUUAUUAUAGUUUAAUUCUGUUUCCCAUUUGGUCUACAGAUUUUUUUAUUUUCACUGUGGAACACUUAAUCACCUACUCCUUUGAGAAUGUAUACUGAUAUUUCUGAUCAGAUGGAGGAAGAAGAUAUUAAGUAACACAUUAUCGUGGACACAGUGGCGUAGCUAGGUGGAGCAAACAGGGCAGCAGACAUAAAAAAAAGGUACCACCCGCUUGUACUCACCGGGUGGCGCUCUGGGUCCUCGGCGGCACUGAAGGGCCCCGCCGCCAAAAUGCCACCAAGGACCCGGAGCGCGUGAAGGCCUGUGCUGCCGAAGUACUGCCAAGGAGCCAGAGUGCGUGAAGGCCCGUGCUGCCGAAGUACUGCCAAGGAGCCAGAGUGCGUGAAGGCCCGCGCUGCCGAAGUACUGCCAAGGAGCCGGAGCGCGUGAAGGCCCGCGCUGCCGAAGUACUGCCAAGGAGCCGGAGCGCGUGAAGGCCCGCGCUGCCGAAGUACUGCCAAGGAGCCGGAGCGCGUGAAGGCCCCGGCUGCCAAAGACCCGGAGCACUGCCGGGUGAGUAAAAAUUAAAAAAGGAGCCUAUAAAUUAAAAAGGCGCCACUUGUGCUCAGAGGGGGAGCGGUCGCUCCCCCCCUGGCUACGCUACUGCUUGGACAUCAAAGUAUAAUAAGACAACAGUUCAUCUAAAAAAUGUCAGACUCUGUACCCUCUUCUGUCAUGAUAAAUGUGUUCUACCAAAUGUUUGUUUUCAUUUUUACUUGAAAUGAUUUAUAUGAGAAAAGUCCAAAGACCUGUUGUAAUUCACUUAAAUAAUUUCUCAGUAAUUAUUCCAAUGCUUAAAGGCUAUUUACUUGGUUUUAUUUACCGCCUUCCAGCCAAAAUGAAAAUGUAGCUAAUUUAUUAAUUUUUGAGUUUACAAUCAGUAAUGUUGUGAUCAAAGACCCCUUCACAGGUUUCUAAGAGUUGUCUUGCUUUCUCUAAACUUGGUCUUUUAAAAAGAUUUGUAAUAAUAUAUAAAUCAUAGUUUUUAUAUUUAAUUCUGAGCUACACUUAUGACUUGAAGUUAUUGUUAUAUAUUUUAUCAGUGGCUGCAUAUAAUUGAGAAAUUUUAGUUACACAUAGUAUGAUAUGAAAUGACAAAGCCUAUAAAACAGAUCUCUAAAGGGAUGCACCAAAAAACAACUUUUGAGACUCACUUUUUCAAUUUUUAGGGCCUGAUCCAGUAAAUACUUUGACUUUGUUGAUGUCAGUAGUCCAUUUGAAGUCAAUGAGACUGGUUAUGUCAUUAGAGUUAUAAAAGUGUUUGCAAGAUUGGAUCCUUAAUUGGUACUGGCAAAAGGCUUUAAAUACACUAUGAUACAUAUGAAAUGCCCUCCUGCAGGUUGCCAAGGAACUUACUGCUUCUUGUAUCGAAGCUAGUUAAGACUUCCAAAAAUAAACACCAGAUACCUCCAAUGACUUCUGUAAUGGGUAAAACUAUGUUCAUUUUAGCUUUCCAAGUUUGUCGUCUGAGGAAAACCUUUUGAUAAUAAAUUGAAAUUAUGAGCCAACUGCUCAUUAUUGUCUACAA